AUGAAGUUCUCCGGCUUUGCUGCUUUGGGCUUGAUGGGCUGCGCCCUCGCCCUGCCCCAUGGCUCUCACCCGAAUGACGGCCCCACGCCCACCGGCCUCCCAGCUGGUUCGGGUCUUCCCCCUUCGCCGCCCAGCGCCGGCGACUUCGAGAAGCGCCAGUUUGGCUCCUCCCCAGAGCCCUCUGGUGGCCCCGGCUUCCCCGGCGGCCCUCCUCCUUCCGGCACCCCUUCGGGCUUCCCAGAGCCCUCUGGUAGCUUCGGCGGCUUCGAGCGUCGCCAGGACUUUGGCUUCCCUACUGGCCUGCCUUCUGGAUUCCCUACCGGCUUGCCUUCUGGCUUCCCUACCAGCCUGCCUUCUGGCUUCCCCGGUUCCGGUGGCUUUGGUGGAAUCGAAAAGCGCCAGUUUGCAGAGCCUAGUGGUGCUGCUCCUUCUGGUGCUGCUCCCUCUGGUGCUGCUCCCUCUGGUGCUGCUACUGGCUUCCCUCAGCCCAGUGGUAGCUUACCCAGUGCUUCUGGUGUUCCGUUCGGCUUCCCGCCGUCUGAACAUUCUUUCGCUGAACGUGGAGACGAACCUGAUUCUUUCCCCAAACCCAGCGGUGCUGCCCCUUCGGGUCCUGCUCCUUCGGGCCCACUUCCACCUGGCGCUGCUCCCUCAGGCCCUCUCCCAACUGGUCGCUUUUAA